AUGCAGACUUCUAUCCUCCGAUACAUCACCUCCGACCGACAGCACCUUACUGCCUUAAACUCGUCGUCUUUCCUGCUUCGUCUUCCAUACGACAUUCGCAAGAAAAUCUACGAGUUUGCAGGUCUAUAUAAUGGAGAGCUUAUCAAACUCAAUUAUCGGUCUUCGCCAAUAGAAUUAUAUUGCUGCGAGGAGUACGAAGAUGAUGGAAACUGCGACUGCGACUUUGACCCCUCUUCGCUUCCCAGCCAGCUCCUCGACGUCUGUCGAACAAUUUCCAAAGAGGUGGAGCAUUUGUUCUAUUCUCAGAAUCACUUCAAUAUCUGUUCCGUUUAUCCUGGAGGGUUGUUUGGUCUUCUAUCCUUCACACCUAGGGCACUGAACUCGCUCUCGUCACUUUCUAUCCAUCUUAACAUCUGCCGUUGCUUCAUCACCUCAACCACCAGCAAACCAAGCUACUGCCCCUAUCACCGUCGAGAAUGGUCUGAGAAAUUAUGCCAAAGCGCAGCCGUCCACCACAGAUCCAAAACGAUAGCAGAAUGGGAGAAGCUUUGCCGACACCUGGCCUCUUACAUCACACCACGUCAACUUAAACUCUGGAUUGUUUGCAAUGGGGGUAAUAUCGAAACGGCGAAACAGAUCGUGGGAUCUAUGAAUCACCUACCAGUUCUUGGAGCAUGUGGAAUUUCAAUCAAUUUGGAAUCGUGCCUUAAACUCCAAGAUCUCGCUCGAGAUGCGGUUCUCAAACUCACAGGACAAUCAUCCGACGCUCUUGACGCUCCGUUUAGAUUCCUAGAUCUCCCUCGGGAGAUCCAGUUGAAUGUCUUGAAGUAUACAGAUCUAACUACACCUUAUGACAUUGCAUGGUGUCCGGAUACUGAAGGCGAAGCGCCGAGCGUCGUCCAUAGUGGUUCUAUUCAAUGGAACCAAAGAACCAACAUGUACUGGCGGAAGUGCUGUGGAAAAUGCUCCCCUGUUGGGACAAUGUGUAUCUGUUCAACCAGGUAUAAUGGCUAUUCCACAACGUGUACUUGCUGGGUCAUGCCGUCAUCGCUGUUCUUGGUCUCUCGGAGGCAGAGGGAAGACGCGAUAAAAAUCUUCUACUCUCAGAAUCACUUUCUCAUUCUGCCGUCGGGAAAGCUGUUACAGUACGACCAGCCUGCAGAAAUCCUCCGAUUCUUUACUAGAUUUGUUGCACGGGGAAUGAAAUAUUUGCGGUUUGUGACCUGGCUGCUUCCGGAUAUGUACUAUCCAAUUUCGGGCACAAGAUGGGACUGGGAGUGGGAACGGGCAGUUGACAUCUGUGCUCAGGAAGGCAGUCUUCAGCUCUUGAGCUUUGCCAUUGAUCUAUCACAUCACGCCCGCAGACGUCGAGCUUUUGGAGCACGCUACCACGGCCCCAUCCCGAUUGCUCAAUUAGAGGAAAAUGAAUGGAACACUGGCUUGCUUUUGGUGGAAUCUAUGGCUCGUUACAAAAGCUGGAAGAAUGUCUAUGUCCACCUGAGCUGGCCAUGGCACAAUCCCCACAAUCCCAAUGAUCCGUACAGCUGCCCUGAGGAGGCUCAAGAGUUGCGUGAGCGUCACGAAGAAGUAUUGGAGGAGCAGGUCAUGGGGCCAGGCCGUAUUGAAUGUGGCAAGUAUGAGAGGAGACAUGCAUGGAAUGGAUACAUCUGCAAUUACGAGGAUCCUUGCGAGCAGUGCGAGGACGAAGACUAAUGGGGUGUGAGGUGAGCAACACUUUGCAUUUUCUAUCUCGAUGGCCAUCGCCAUGUAUGGUUGGCAUGAUCCAUUGCUCCAGCUUAUCUUUGUGCUCCUUAACUAGCUAUUUCCAUGCCUUUCUAGCACAUAAAUAAACAUGAAGAACAACACCAUCUCCUUGUAUUGUGACCUCAC